AUGUUGAAAUUAUUGGGUUUUCCGAAACCUAGAAUGAUGGAGUUCCAGCUCUCCUUUCCUCGCCAACUUUCUAUACUAGGAGAAUUAAAACCAUCUGCAGGUUCUACCAAAAGCUUCAAACGAUUAGGGCGUGGUCCAUCUAGCGGUUUAGGUAAGACUUCUGGACGUGGUCAGAAGGGUCAAAAAGCUAGAGGAAAGGUUAAAUCGUGGUUCGAGGGGGGUCAAACACCCAUCUAUAAACUGUUUCCAAAAAUUGGCUUUACUAAUGUUCAUUCUCAAUCACUGAAUGAAUUGAACUUAGAGAGGAUACAAUGGUUCCAUGAUAUGGGGAGACUGAAAUUAAUGGAAGGAGAAGUAUUGACUAUGAAAAAAAUGAGAGACCUGGGAUUAGUUACUGGUACCAUAAAAGACGGAGUUAAGAUAUUAGGAAGAGGAAAUUACAAACUUCCUAUCAAGAUAGAAGCAACAAAGGCAUCAGAUGAGGCAGUCAAGAUUAUUGAAAGUCAAGGAGGUUCAUUUGUGGCCAAAUACUUCAACAAAUUAGGUUUGCGAGCACAUUUGUCUCCCCAAUGGUUUUUGGAAAAAAGGGGAAGAAUACCAUUACAAGCUAGACCAACGAAAAGGAAAGAUAUAGAAUAUUAUAGUAAUAAAGAUAAGAGAGGAUAUCUAGUUAUGGAAAACCAUGAUUUCCUCAAUAAAUUGCGUGAAGUAAGGGAAGGCGGGACAAACAUGAUAUCAAGAAAACAGGCUAAAAAGAGUGCCUUAGAAAUACAGUUGCAAAAACUAUCGAAAGAAAAUAACGCUACCUCCAGUCCAAUCUAA